UUUACAAGCCCUCUUUAUUGCCAUAGCAUGGAAAUGCCUUUUUGAAAGAAAGAAAGGGAAAAAAACAGAUUAUGUACUCUGUACAUCCUCCUAUUUCCAUGGAUUGUCUGUUUUGCUUUGUAUCUCCUCCUGCUGCCACUGAGCUGCAGAGCUGGAUUUCAACAUCAGCAGCAACCUAAAAAAACGCCAACAUCCUCUAGCCAAGCUAAGCUAAGCCAAGCCAAGCCAUCAACUCAAAUUAGCGAGACCAGGUGGGGUGGCGGAGACAUUUAAAGGUAUGGUCUACUUUAUCUACAGUCGUGUAGCCCUUGUCAUCUUUGUGCAGCGUUUGCUAUGUUAAAGGAGGAAACUAUCAGCUGGGCAUUGCAUCUGCCAGCGCGUCCGUAGGCAGGCAAGGCAAGCCAAGGCAGGGCAAGAGGCAGAGAAGAGGGGCAUGCUUCACCGUACCAAAUACAACCGCUUCAGGAAUGAGUCCGUGACGUCCGUGGACGAGCUUCUGCAAGGCCUCUCCAUGAACGCUAAGCUCUCGGCCGCCCCGGCCUCCUCUGCCGAGCCGCCCUACACCCCGCCGGCGGAGGGCCUGCCCGCCACCACGCACGCCCCCGGCGCCACCGAGCCCGAAGAUGGCGGCACCACCCUCUGCACGCUCAUCAACAAGGUGUCCAACCUGAAGUUUGCCAACUCCGGUGGCCUGCUGGGCAUCAAGGGCCUGCCCUCUGCCGUCAAAGACCUGGCUGUGUCCAAGUUGCAAGGAGGAGGUGGUGGAGGAGGAGGAGGAGGAGGAGGAGGAGGGACAGGUAACCCAGGCCACUUUGCUCAGUCGGCUGCCACAGGCACUGCCUCGUGUGGCUCUGCCUCCAGUGGAGCUCCGUGCUCCCAGCAGCACCAGGACUCCGCAGCCACCAUGAGUGCCGGCAAGAAGGGGAGGCUGGAGGACAUGCAGCAGGGUGGUGGUGGUGGUGGUGGGGGAGGAGGAGGUGGCACGAUGGAGGACUGGAACCCAAGCACUGCUGCUGGGGGUCUUGUGAGCAAGCCCCCCAAAGGAUGGCUUCACUCGAGCGAGAAGAUUUCAGGUCCUGGUGUGACGUAUAUUGUAAAGUAUUUAGGCUGCAUAGAAGUCCUACGAUCCAUGAGAUCCUUGGAUUUCAACACAAGAUCCCAAAUAACAAGGGAGGCCAUAAGCCUAGUAUGCGAGGCUGUUCCUGGGGCCAAAGCAGCUCUGCGUAAGAGAAAGCCUCCUUCCAAAGCGUUGUCCAACAUCUUGGGCAAAAGUAAUCUGCAGUUUGCUGGCAUGAGUAUCAACCUCAACAUUUCCACGAGCAGCCUGAACCUCAUGACCCCAGACUCCAAACAGAUUAUUGCUAAUCAUCAUAUGCAGUCCAUCUCCUUUGCAUCUGGUGGAGAUCCAGAUACAACCGAUUAUGUUGCAUAUGUUGCAAAAGAUCCAGUUAACCGCAGAGCGUGCCACAUUCUGGAAUGUUCUGAUGGUCUGGCCCAGGAUGUGAUCAGCACUAUUGGCCAAGCCUUCGACCUGCGCUUCCAAAUCUACCUGCAGUGCCCCUCCAGCAAGCUGUCUUCAAUGCACGACAGGGUGCUGAGCAUGGAGGAGUCCCCAUGGACGGAGGAGGAUGAGGACGGUGGUCAUGACCACCCCUACUACAACAACAUCCCCGGCAAGAUGCCUCCUCCCGGCGGAUUCAUCGACGCCCGACUCAACAGCCACACAGCUGCUGGAGCAGAGGGCGGACAGGGUGCUGUAGAUCAGACGUACUACCAGGGCAGACCCAUGCUCAUCCAACAAGGCUCCAGUGACAUCUACAGCAUGCCCGAGGGGAAGAGUUCGCUACCAAAAGGGGGGGAGGCCCCCACCUACGUCAACACGCAGCACAUAGACGCCCAGGUGCUGGCAGCGCUGCAGGGGCAGGAGGCAGACUCCACACCAGACGGGGGCGCUGGAGGGCCGAUACAGAACAAGGACAGCAGUCCCCAGAAGGACAUGUUUGACAUGAAGCCAUUCGAGGACGCCAUCCUGACCCAGUCUCAGCCCCAUCCGGGAGCUCCCCCACCCUCGGCCCCACCGCCACCGCCUCCGCCGCCCGCCCCGGCUCAGGCUCUCCACAAGGCAGCCUCCGUGGACAACUCCAGCCCCUUGCUGUCGCGGGCGGUGGCGGUGCGGGGCGUGCAGGAGGAGCUGGAGGGCAAACCGUGGUACCAUCGCGAGAUGAGCCGGCGCGACGCCGAGAAGCUGCUGCGCGCCGACGGAGACUUCCUGGUGCGCAAGAGCACCACCAACCCUGGAUCAUACGUGCUGACCGGCAUGCACAACGGCCUGGCCAAGCACCUGCUGCUGGUAGACCCAGAGGGAACGGUACGAACAAAAGACCACAUAUUCGAGAGCAUCAGUCACCUGAUUGGCCAUCACCGUGACAACAGUCUGCCUAUUGUCUCCGCUGGAAGCGAACUCUGUUUGAAGCAGCCCGUCAAUAGGAAAUAGUGACGACCCACCCUCCGACAAAACAAACAAAACAAACAAACCACAAAAAACACUUGUGGGUCUUUCACCCAUGCUUGAAACUUGAAGACACAGAAGAGAGAAUCUACGGUUGAUGAACCUACUGGUAGAUGACCACGACCUAGGUUGGUGAAAAUGGGUCACCUGGGCAGAGGACCCUGGACGAACGCAGGAUUUGUUGAUGAAACAAAUGAAAUGACAUGAUUUAUAGAACUGUUAUUAUUUUGUUGUGAUUGAAAUUAUAUAUUUUUUGAGAAGACAUAGGUGCAUUUGGACAUAUACCUGUUGAUUUGGAGUUUUAACGCAAAAAGGGACAACUGUUAAUACUUAAGAUGACGAGGAAAUUGACCUCAAGGAGGGAUUGAGAAGAAAAAAAGUAUUUUAGAAUAAUCUAAAAAACAAAAAAGUUUUAGUUUUGUCUAUCAAGCACAACACGAUUUACACCAUUGUCGGUAUGAGCUAGGGCAGAAAAAGGUAUAUAAAAAAAGAAAAAUAUACUGUUUGUAUCUUAACUAUUUUAGGAUUUGUCCUUAAUUGCAGCUAAUGUGACAAAACUCAUUUGGUAGCGUAUCAAUUCACUGUUGAUUCUGCUUUUAUGGAAAACGAUGUGCAAUGUAUUUGC